CCUCAUCUUCUCCACGCUCUUGGCCAAACAUCCCCUAAUCGCCCAGCCACAAUGGGGGACCACACAGCCUUCUUCUAUGGCACCCUCAUGGCCCCCGCCGUCCUCCACCGCGUCAUCCACGGCACCUCCACCCCGACCCCCUUCCAGCGCUCCCUCCUCACCAUCCGCCCCGCCCUCCUCCACCGCUUCCAGCGCCACAAAGUGCGCAGCGCCGACUACCCCGCCAUCCUGCCCGCCAACUCCACCACCGCCGUGCGCGGCACCCUCGUGACCGGCCUCACCGACGGCGACAUCUGGCGCCUCGACAUCUUCGAGGGCCACGAGUACGCGCGGCGGCAAGUCAGCGUGAAAGUACUGGUGGAAGAGGGCGAGGGAAUUGGAGCGGUGGGCGUAGACGGGCAGGUUGCGGGCGAGGACGAGGUGGCCGAGGGCGCGGAGGUGCAGGCGGAGGUGUAUGUGUGGGUGGCGGGCAAGGAGCGCCUGGAGCCGCAGGAGUGGGAUUUUGGGGAGUUUGUAAGGCAGAAGAUGGGGAGGUGGGUGGGGACGGGCGCCGAGGGGGAGUAUGCUGAUGUUGAUGAUGCCGUUGCUGCCCAGGACCCGACGGGCGGGCGGGGUGCUAAUGGGAGUAUUACGAAGUCGCUGGAAGAGGGGAACGGGAAGGCGAAAGAGUUGGUUGAGAGUGCGGUGUGAAGGAUGGUGUAGGAUACGAAAGACAAUCACAUCGCAUCGACAUACUGGAAGGACUGGAAUGGAGACGAUCAGGGUCAAGACAGGGAUCUGUUCACCCAUUUCCACGUUGGCCUGCACCAUCACGAUUAUACCCAAGAAAAGACACGAGGCACUAAGAGGCAGGAAGAAUCACUAGAAUCAGUAGACCGAAAACGUAUAAUAGAGUAAAUUCUAUUAGCAUUACCACUUAUACCCG